AUGGCGGAUGAUACAGCGACUUCAAUUUCAUUAUUAGAUCUUAGAGAUAAAAAUCCAGAAAAAGAAUUCAAUGGUUUCAAAGAUUUGGUCAAUUUUGAAGCAUGUAUUUUAUCAGUCUCUACUUUUGGAAUUUUGGGUAAGCUAUUCAAUAUCUAACAUGUUCGAAACUAACAAAAAUAUGUUUCUAGGAAUAAUCUCAGCCUCGUUGCCCCUCACAUUCUCAUCAUUUUUUGUAUUUCUCGUUAUUUUGUGUUGUUUUACUUGGUGUCGAGUGCAUGGUGCAAGACUAACUCGUAGAGAACAUGUAUUUUUUGAUGUUCGAAAUUUACUUGAAAUCGCGCCAAACUUUGAAUAUGAAUCAUAUAAAAUGUCUGAUGAUUGUAUGACACCUGGAGAAGGUUUUCCACAAAUGGAAAAUCCUGGACCACAAACAAUUUGGGAAGCAUUGUUUGCAGAUGAGAAUAAGAUUCGAAUGAACACAUUUUAUCAUGAACAUUAUGGUCCAGUUUAUCGAAAUGCAACGAAAAAAUAUAAGGAGUAUGAAAUGCAGGUUAUAAUUUUAAUUAUGAGGGGAUUUUUUAAUUGUCCUAGGGUAGAUGAAAAAAUAAGGUUUUUGAGUAAUUUAGAGCUUUCAAGCUACGACAAUCUGAAAUCCUGCGAUAAUUCUCCCAGAUUUUUUAAAAAUCACUUUAAAUGAAUACUGUAGAUUAUUUCUCAUCUGAGCUUCCGAUUUUUGAUUUUUGACCAUUAUAUUGAAAAUCUCAUCUUCUUAUCCACAUCUACAGUAAACAAGUAGUGAUUCUAUAUUUUGAUAAAUCCCCCACAUAUUUUUCCGCUUAUUUUGUUUUUUUUCAAAAUUGUUGUUCACCUGAUCAGUCUACCGGAAAUUGAAAAUCUAAAAGUGCAUUGUUCGAUUAAAUUUUCAGCAAAAAAACGAAUGUCGAACAUCUAUCGAACCAUCUUCAAAUGACAACUCACAACAAAUUAAAACAGCGAGAAAAGAGGAAAAUUGA